GUUUUUUUUCCCGCCAUUCUCCUCCCCCCCACCCUGCGACCAUGUCCGCCACCCCCUGCUGUACUGCGCCGUCGCGCUUCAGCGCGCCCCUCGCGGGCGUUGCGGCGAGUCGAUGUUCGUCCGGGCGGAAUGUGCGGCCUGGCGAUGCCGCCGCGCCGGUGCGAUCUGCCGCUAUUGCCACUCGCGCGUGCUGCAGCCGAAUUGAGGCCAAUUCGUCGCCGCUUUCCCAGCGCGGGGCGGGCCUUAGAAGCAGCGUGUGGGGCGACGAGCAGACACGGACUGAAAUUUUCCGCCCUCCGCCGCUCUCCAAUUCGCGCCGCCGCACCGCCGCUGUGAGAGCCACCGCUGAGCCCUCCACAACCGCCGCUGCGCCGACCGCCGCGGAAGGCGGCGCGGAUCCCGCGCCGAUUCCGCUGCUAGCGCCAUACCAGAUGGGCGCGUUCGCCCUCGCGCACCGCGUGGUGCUCGCGCCGCUGACGCGCUGCCGCGCGCUGAACAACGUGGCGCAACCCGCCGCGGCGACGUACUACGCGCAGCGCGCGACGGCGGGGCAGCUGCUGAUCGCGGAAGCCACUGCCGUGGGGGCGACCGCGCACGGGUACCCAAACAUGCCGGGGCUGUACACGUGCGAGCAGGUGGAGGCGUGGAAGCCCGUGGUGCAGGCCGUGAAGGCCAAGGGCGGCAUCUUCUUCUGCCAGCUCUGGCACGCCGGCAGGGCCUCGCACCCAGACUACCAGCCCGGUGGAGCACUCCCACUGGCUCCGUCCGCAGUGCCAAUCACGGACCAGCAGGUGUAUACGGGCAGCGGGAUGCAGGACUACCCCACGCCGCGGCCGAUGACCGAGGCGGACAUCAAGACCGUCAUCGCUGAGUUCCGGGUGGCGGCGCGCGGCGCCAUGGAGGCGGGGUUUGACGGUGUGGAGAUCCAUGGCGGCAAUGGGUACCUGGUGGAGCAGUUCCUCAAGGACGGCAUCAACCGCCGCUCCGACCAGUACGGCGGCACCAUCGCCAACCGAGUGCGCUUUUUGGAGGAGCUCGUGGCAGCCGUGGGGGAAGAGGUGGGCCCGGAGCGGCUGGGCGUGCGGCUGUCGCCGUACUCUGCGUUCCUGUCUGCGUCGGACUCGGACCCGCGCGCCCUGUACGUGCAUGCGGUGCAGCGGCUGGACGCCAUGGGCGUGCUGUACGUGCAUCUCAUCGAGCCCCGCAUGUGCAACUUCGACGAGCUCCCGGGCGUCACCGAGACACUGGAGCCAUUCCGUGGAGCCUUUAGCAGGACCGUCAUUGCAGCAGGCGGGUACACGCGGGAGCGUGGCAGUGAGGCCAUUGCCACAUGUGCAGCCGACCUGGUGGCGUUCGGCCGCCUCUUCAUUGCCAACCCCGACCUGCCGCGCCGCUUCCUGCUCAACGCCCCGCUCAAUGCGUAUGACCGCAACACCUUCUACGUGUCAGACCAGGUGCAUGGCUACACCGACUACCCGUUCCUUGACAGCUAAGCGCUGGAGGACAAGUCUUUGUGUUUGCUGGGAAUCACGUGCAACGAAAGUGUGCUACGUGUUUCCCUGACGCUACCUCUCUGGAAUUUGCAAGGAGACAUGCAUAUUCUGCCUGGCUGGUAUGGUAUAUCGUUUCGUAUGGCUGUCCGGACACACACCCACUCGCUAGUUGGAAGCAAUUGGACAAGUAAUGCCAUAAUACCUAGUAUCAUUCCCAGUUAUUCAGUGUACAGAUAUGGCUCACGUGAGCCAAUUUUAUUUGAGGUCUUCUACAGCU